UUCUACAUCCGUCAGGAGCUUUACUUCACCGUUAAUUCGUCCGAAAGCAUAGCGCACCGUUUGAUUACACAAAGUAACCGGAUCUUUUGGGCAAAUCGUGAUUUAGAGAAAACACCAUGCGGGGACGCGGUCGUAUUUCUUCGCUGACCAGUAGCGUAGCUAAUUAACCCAAAGUAAGGGGAUUGUUGUUGGGUUUUUUUUCCCCGCCUUUCGCUGAGGUAGGUUAUACCUCCGUAAUCUAACAUGGGUCUGUGCUUGUGUGAUAAACAAUCUCCUGAUAGACCGGGUAGUGUAUAACAGAAGGAAAUUCGGUUCGUGUAGCGAGGAGACGCGUAACUGACAUCGGAACAUCUCUCCUUUCGUCGGGCAUCUGGAGCAACUCGAGCCCGCGGCUCCGAAAGCGGCCUAACGCGACAGAACAGAACAGACUUUUCUUCUUUUGGAUAGGACUUCGGUUUCACGUAGCGAGGUGAAAGCAGUUCGGAGAAAUGCGCAGAGUCUAACAAGUUAUUUAAUGUGUUUGGUUUUAGUCAGCGGUUUUAAAAACGACAGAAUGGCGUCUUAUGUGGAUAGCAGUUUUCGUCAGGCGAUUAUGAAGAACCCCAGCGAGAGGACGCAACAGGACCUUCAGAUCGUCUACUCCUACCUGCAUGGGAUGGAAGCACUGUCCAGCCUGAGAGAACACCAGCUCAGGUUGAUGUGUGAAACAGUUCGCUACGAGCAUCAUGAAGCCAACGAGGUUUUAUACUACCCUGAUGACAUUGGAACCUGCUGGUACAUCUUGCUGUCUGGCUCGGUUUUCAUUAAGGAAUCGAUGUUCCUUCCACGCAGCAGUUUUGGGAAACGUUCUGCAGGGAGUUUGCGGCGAGGCUGCGAGUGUAUCGUCCUCGAGGCCUCCGAAAUGAUAGUGGUGGACUAUGUGGAGGACAGUGAGGAGUAUUUUCAGAGGCAGGUGUCACACCGACAGUCCAGGAGAAGGUUCCGGAAAAUAAAUCAACGCGGAGAGAGGCAGACCAUCAUCGACACGGUCGAGCAUUAUCCAGUUAGCAAGCCGCCUCUGCCCCCAGGCUAUCACACGGAGUCUUCCAAAUCCCAGCUUCCUGCGGAUUUCACUAAGAUCCACCUCUCUGACGGGCUCCACCUCCACAUGUCGUCCAGUCAAUCCCGAUCCAGCAUCGCCAGUGACUCAGGAAGCAGCAGCCUAUCAGAUAUUUACCAGGCUACCGAGAGCGAUUGCGGCGACGUGGAUCUCAGCGGACUGCCCGAGACGGCGGUGGAUUCGGACGAGGAUGACGACGACGAAGAAGUGGGGAGAUCGGCGGACCCCCUCAUGAGUCGAGACAUCGUGAGAGACUGCCUGGAGAAAGACCCCGUGGACCGUACAGACGAUGACAUCGAGCAGUUACUGGAGUUCGUGCAGCAGCUGCCGGCGUUCUCCAGUCUCAGCGUGUCUGUGAGGCGAGCGCUCUGUGCCGUCAUGGUGUUUGCCGUGGUGGAACGUGCCGGAACUAUCGUGCUGAACCACGGAGAGGAGCUGGACUCAUGGUCAGUAAUCCUGAACGGAGCCGUGGAGGUGAUGUAUCCGGAUGGCCAGCCUGAGACUGUAGGGAUGGGAGGCAGUUUCGGAGUCUCUCCCUCCAUGGAGAAAGAGCUCAUGGUCGGCGUCAUGAGGACCAAAGUAGACGACUGCCAGUUUGUGUGUAUAGCGCAGCAAGACUACUGCUGCAUCCUGAACCAGGUGGAACUGAACACACAGCGGGUGGAGGAGGAGGGAGAGAUCGUAAUGGUGAAAGAACACCGGGAGCUCGACCGCACAGGAACACGCAAAGGACACAUCGUCGUUAAGGGCACCCCAGAGCGUCUGAUUCAGCAUUUAGUGGAGGACCACUCCGUAGUGGACCCGACGUACAUUGAAGACUUCCUGUUGACCUACCGCACCUUCCUGUCCAGUCCUCUUAUUGUGGGCCAAAGACUUUUAGACUGGUUCAACGACCCCAGUUUACGUGACAAGGUGACACGGGUCGUGUUACUUUGGGUUAAUAAUCACUUCAGUGACUUUGAGGGAGACCCGGGAAUGACACAGUUCCUAGAGGAGUUCCAGAACAAUCUGGAAAAAGAAAAAAUGAGUGGUCAGUUGCGUUUGCUCAACAUCGCGUGCGCCGCCAAGGCCAAGUCGCGAGUAGUUACGAUCGCGAGGUCGUCUCGGGAGCUGCCCCUCCCCUUCACUCUGAUGGGCGGUGCUGAGCGAGGAACGCACCUCUUCAUUAGCUCUGUCGAAGCUGGCAGUAAGGCAGAAGAGGCGGGGCUUAAGCGUGGAGACCAGAUACUGGAGGUGAACGGGCAGACGUUUGAGAAUGUACACCUGUCCAAAGCCAACGAGAUCCUCAAGAAUAACAUACAACUGUCCAUGAGUGUCAAAACCAACCUACUGGUCUUUAAGGAGCUGGUGGCACGAAUAGCCGAGGAACGGAAAAACGGGGUUCCUCACCUUCCUAAGAUCGGUGACGGAAAGAAAAGCUCCCGCUACUCCGUACCCGAUCUCGGGGUCGAUACCGGGGUCGUCAUGUGUCCGGAGAAGGUCAGCAAGAAGGCUAAAGCGCACACCAUGGGCGGCCGCAACAAACUGAUGAAGAUUCUGGACAAAACGCGGAUCAGCAUUCUACCUCAAAAACCAUACAGUGACCUCGGAUUGGGGCAGACGCAGGACGACAGCAUUGUGGGCCUGAGGCAGACCAAGCAGACUCCGCCCACCACGACAAUCACCGGAAGCUUGUCGUCUAGCAACCCUGACUUGGCGCAGGGCCAACAGCGCAUCAUCGACUACAGCGUGCAGCCACCUGCACCUGGAUUCACUCAAUUACAAGAUCAGGUGCUACGCGUGUUCAAGGCGGAUCAACAAAGUCGCUACCUGCUGAUCAAUAGGGAAACGACGGCACGAGAGGCGGCCAAUCUGGCGAUCCGAGAGUUCGGCCUGACCGCCGGCCCCGAAGCUUAUUCGCUGUGCGAGGUGUCCGUCACGCCGGAGGGCGUCAUCAAACAGAGGAGACUUCCAGAUCAGCUCAAUAAACUUGCUGACCGGAUUCAGCUCUGUGCGAGGUACUACCUUAAGAGUAACAUGGAGACGGAGACACUGUGCUCGGACGUCGAGGCUCAAGAACUGCAAAGAGAAUCUCAGGUUUGUCUGUUAUCUCUCAGCUCCACGGAGAUAGCCAAUCAGCUCUCGGCACGCAACUACGUGCUCUUUGCCAGCAUCGAGCCCACCGAUUACAUCGCAGACCUCUUCAAGCUGCGUCCCCGCGAGCCGCCGGGCAACCUCCGCAACUUCGAAGACCUCGUCAACCAGGAGACCUUCUGGGUCUCCACGGAGAUCGUGCGGGAACCCAACCAGGCCAAGCGGAUGAAGCUAAUCAAACACUUCAUCAAAGUGGCCCUUCAUUGUCGGGACUGCAAAAACUUCAACUCCAUGUUCGCUAUCAUCAGUGGGCUGAAUCUCGCCCCCGUGUCGCGUCUGCGUGCUACGUGGGAGCGUCUACCUGCUAAAUACGAAAAGUUGCUGGCCGAGCUGCAGGAAGUCUUCGACCCGUCGCGCAACAUGGCCAAAUACCGCAACCUGCUGAACAAGCACAAUCUCCAACCGCCGAUCAUUCCUCUUUUCCCCAUCGUCAAGAAAGACCUCACCUUCCUCCACGAGGGUAACGACUCUAAAGUGGACGGACUGGUCAAUUUCGAGAAACUGCGAAUGAUCGCUCGAGAGAUCAGGCACGUGGUCAGGUUGGCGUCCGUCACCAUGGAUCCAGCGCUGCUCUUCAGGACGAGGAAGAAAAAAUGGAGGAGUCUUGGGUCUCUGAGUCAGGUGAGCAGCUCCUCAUUGUCUGACGGGACAGUAGGUCAUAGGAGGAGAGGCAGACGGAGCUCCUUCCUCAGCGCAAAGAAACUGUACGAGACUGAGUUGAUGAGCAGACGAGUGCGUCAGUACCUCGACACGCUCACGCACGAGAGCAGUGAGGACGCCUUACAUGCUCUGUCUCUGCAGUGGGAGCCUUCCAACAACACAGUGCAUAAGACCGCUGUGGAAAAAAGGCGAGUUGAUGCGUCUCCCGCAACGCCAAGAAGCCCCACUCCAAAGAAUAUCCCUCGAAAGAAGCCACCUGGCAAAGAAUUGGCACCAUUAGGUGCACAUUCACCCGCGUCUCACCACGCAGAAGAGGCUCAGGAUAGACAGAGAAGACAGAAGGAAGACAACCAAUCGAACGCUUCCUCUCACCGUUCGUCCCCGCCCGCUUUCCCCGGGAACGCGUCCAGAAAGGGACCUGAUCAGCUGAGUCUCCUGAGGGCCUCAUCAUCUGAUUUGAUCAUGGCAGAUGACCACACCCACAGCCACACACACGCCCCCUCUCACACACGCACGUUCACACAGACUCCUAACGCUCACCGGACGGAGCUAGACCAGAUCAGCCUCGGGUCUUAUUCGCUGACCCAGGACCAGUGUGACCGUGCCUCAUUGGACGCCGCUGACAGUGGGCGGGGCAGCUGGACCUCCUGCUCCAGCGGCUCUCACGACAACAUCCAGAGCAUCCCUCAGCGCAUCGGCUACUACGACAGCCGCAGCUGGGAGAUGCUGACGGAGGGGCCGGGCAUCGGGCGGAGCCAAUCGGCCACGCCCCUGGGCUACUGGGCCGAUGAAUCGGAAGGCGACACGGGCACGAUCAAGCGACGAGGGGGAAAAGACGAGGUCCCGAACGUGCAAAAGAGCACCAUGAGUCGAAGGGAGGGGCGUUUCCGAGAGCCUCCACCCACUCCGCCUGGGUACACCGCUCUGUCGUUGGCUGAGGUCGAGGAGCUCGGGCAUAACCUCAUCCACAGUCAGACUCAUGGACGACGCCCACCGGACUACAACGCGGCCCUGCAGAGGUCCCGGCUCAUCAAGAGGUCACUGGACUUAGAACCGCCCCCACAGCCACGCCCACCCCCCCGCAUGCAUGGAUAUACUCACUGUCCGCCACCACGGCGACCACCGUGUGACGAAAAUGAGCAGAUAUCUGCGGUGUGAGGAAUCCGCACACAUCAUUCAUCCGCUCAGAACUGCAACACGCAAAGCUUCUCAAAACCGACUCUCUGGCUCUCUGCUCCCGCCGUACUCUGACCGGUUCCCACGGCUGUCAAUCAAAUCCCAGUGAGCAUGAGCAGAUUCUAUAGCGAAGACUCGCCAGCCACCACAGCACAUUGGAGUGUGGCGGGUUUUUUUUUUUUUUUUUUUAAAUAAAUUGCUCUUGGUUUGAAAUCACUGUGAGAACCACAAGAAAGAAGUUUUGGCACUUUGAAGGAAAUGAAGGAAAACGGACCGCUUGAACAAAAGUUUAACCUACAUGGAUGCUGAUGUUUUUCAACAGUGUUAUUUUAAUUGUCUCAAGUCCUACACCGUGUGUGUGUGUGUGUGUGUGUGUGGCAUGUAAGGAUACUUGAAUCAGAAAGUGUGUGUGUGUGUGGGUGAGAAAAAGCUGCCCGUCACUAGACCUCAGAAAGAACUCGGCGUCGCCAUCAGUAUUCACUUGACCUUGUUACUUUUUGUGAUUUCUGUCGUGUCUGUUCUGUUUCAUCUCUCCCACUGAUUUCCACAGGCACUCCCAAGCAUUUAUCAUUUUUUAAAUCCAUUUCAAUCGUGUUUUUUUUUUUUUCUUUUCUUUUGUUAUUAUCGAAUCCAUUUUCAUUCCUCUCUUUGCCAGUCCAGUGGGAUUCAGCACAAAUUCUGAUCUUGUUGCACAGACAAAGUGUAAAAAUAAGAAAAUUUGCAUUGUUACUACUUAUGAAAUAGUUAUUACGUAGCAACUUUUUUUCUUUCUUUUUUUUUUUUUUUUUAAACGAGGGUCAUAAUUAUGUAUGAGAUGCCUCCUGGGUCUGCCAUUUCCCUGCCUGAACCUUGUCAUAUCAUAUGUAUUUCUAUGUCUUUUAAAAAGACAUCACAUUUUGUAUUUUUAAUACAAAAAAAAAAAUUUGUAAAUAUCGGUUAUAUUUUGUUUAAAAUCGGAGAGAGCUAUAUACUGUUUGAGGUAACAUUCAGCUACAAUUAGCUUGAAUGACCAAAAAUAAAUACUGUAGCAAUGA